GAAAAAUAAGAAGUCUAGCUAGGUGGAAGCGAUGCUAAAAACAUUCUGUCCUGGGGUUCCUGCAUAAGCGUUUUGCUGCAGACAUUUAAGCUAUAUAAGAUAUAUAAAAUAGUAACUUGUUGAUACUGUUUACAUACUGUCUAGAGAAAAAAUAUAGAAGGCUACCUAGGUGUGUAGCUGAGGAAGUAAAUUUGGUGAUAGGUUAGCUAACAAGCUAGUUAGCUAGCUAGCUAACCUAGCGUAGCUAACUGUAGUUUCUCUAGCGUGGGUUAUCCAAAAUGGAUGAGAACAAGAUGGUUGGUGGAAAAGUCAAGAAACCGGGGAAACGUGGUCGUAAACCUGCCAAGAUUGAUCUAAAGGCAAAGCUAGAACGGAGCAGACAGAGUGCCAGAGAAUGUCGGGCCAGGAAGAAACUGCGCUACCAGUACCUGGAGGAAUUGGUCUCCAGCAAGGAGAGAGCUAUCUGUGCCCUGAGAGAGGAGUUAGAAAUGUACAAGCAGUGGUGUAUUGCCAUGGACCAAGGAAAAAUUCCCUCAGAAAUCAAGGCCCUUUUAACUGGAGAUGAUCAGAAAACCCCCCAAAGCACCAGCACCAAAACACCGAAAAAUGGCAAGUACAACUCAACUGGGAUCAGCCAGAGCAAGUCAUCUUAAGUCAGAUGUUUAUUAAAUGUUUUGACAUGCUCUCCAUAUAAUGUAAAUGGCAAGAGACUGAAUUAUUCCUUUAGAGCUGAAGUAUGAAAAAACUCUGAUGUUACUGUCUCAUGGUAAACAUUGGUUCACAUAAUUUCUAUGGUCUUUGGAGAAAAAAGCAGUACAGAACACUAACUCACCUAAUAAGAAAGUACACAGUAUUGUAUUGCAAUGUCCAUCCUUUGGGCUCAUGCAGACCUUGAGGAAUUUUCUUUUAUUUCCACCAAUUAUUUCAGAUUUAGAACAAAUGGAAGGUUUUCGGUGCGUUUAGGUGAAGAAACUGAUCUGAAAUUAAGUGUGUUGAGUUAAAUAUUCUUCGGGAGUACAAAUAAGAUGUUAUGAAAGACCAUGAACACAUGGCUACAAACGUGCAAUAAAUCACAAAUGUCAUAAUCCCUCCAAAGACCAAUAAGUCAAACAACUUGGGCGCUGACAAAAUCAGUUAGCGCUGCUUAAAGCACUUUAAAGAACUUCGAGGAUUUGCAGACCAUUGGUUAAAGUCCCAAAUGUCCACCCCACCACCUUUCUCAAAGGGUUGAUGCAAAAAUAAAGGGUUGGAAUCAAUUUUUGUAUGUGUGUAUUCCAUAACUUAACCAUAAUGCACUUUGAUGACACCCUCCCCCCAAAAAAAUACUUUAAAUUGUGUAGAGGUGCAGUUGAUAUUUGUGAUGAGAAGUGGCCCAGCUUUCCUAGGUCAAAUCUAAUUAUAGUAUCACUAUGAUCCUUUUGUGAUUUUGUCAGAGUCCUCCAUCUCCUGAGAGUAAAAGCAAGGUACAGUAUUCUAUACUGAACCAUUCAGUUUUUUGUUUUUUUUUUGUUUUUGUUUGUUUGGUUUUUUUUGUUUUUUUGCUUCUUCAGAACAUCUUUUGUGAAUUAAAACUUUGCAUUAAGUCCUGUGUUAUGCUUUUUAAAAAUAUUUUGUUUGAUUUCUCAUGAAAGCCUUAAUGAUGGUAAACAAGGAUAGAUCAUAUUGAAUUUGUUUAAUUAUUAAACCAACUAAAAGCAUACAAAAUGAACAAAAUCACUAUAUUUUUCAGUGACACUGCACUGAAAUAAAUUGUGUGUAAUUGGUGUAAUCCAAGUUUGUUAAUUCUCCAGCAAAUUAAUUCAGUUUGUGAAACACAAAACUGUAGUCAUGCCACAUUAAAUGUUAUAAGAUAUUUGUUAGCAUAUUGUUUUUAGAAGCAUAGAUUGAGUAUCAGUGUAUCAAACAUUCAUAUACAAACUGCACAAACUAAUAAAAUGUCUGAAGAACAGCUGCAGAAUAUAAUGGCUGGAUUAAUCACUUGUUGUCAAAAUACACAGAGCAUGUUUUUAAAUGUUUGUUUCCAGUUUCUUGCCUGUUUCCAAGGAUGUGACUUUAUUUAGCAUAAAAAUUGUAUAUUUUUAUAUUUAUAAAAUGUAGAGAUCUAUUGAAGGAUGCUGAAAUUAUUUGUUUAUGAAACAAAAAUACCAUAUAUGUGCAAUUACUUUGUUACUAUAAAGCUAUAUGUCUAAUACCUCACUUGUCAAUGUAUUUAGUUUUUCUUCUUUUUAUUUUUAUUGUUGUCAGUGAUUAUGUAACUAAUAUACUCUUUGGUUAAAACCCUCAACAUAUUUUGAUUCAACAUUUAUAUUCUGACCAUUUGUUGGUCCCAGACAUGACCUUUAUGUAGGUUAUAUUAAAUGUUUGUUUUAGCCAGUCUUGAAUUACACUAAGGGGUAUACAUGCACACACACAUUCUUUCCCAAAGAGCACUUGUUUUAGAUCAAUUAAAAUAUUUAUUAUAUUUUCCAUCUAUAUUACAUGAUUAAAUGCUUCAGUACUUGA